CCGACGCGUCACUGUCGGGUUUUUAUUUUAAUUUUUUUAAUUACACACUUAAAAACGACAAAGAAAUAAUUGUGAUACAUGUGAUUUUAAAUAUAUUUCGAUGAUAAUAAUAGAUUUAAGAUUUGUUAUGGAUUUUUGUAUGUCGAAAAAAUAACGAGCUUACCCUGCCUGCAGUUCGUGCCACGAGCCCCAGAGUCCCAGCCAUUAGUUUGAGUGGAGUGUCCCCUGUGUCUGCCCACACAUAGCCCUAUAAGCAGCCAAAAUUCCACGUGACACAACGGACACAACCUCCAGCAUGGACCUGGAGAAAGCCCCUUCUCUCCAUGAGGAAGACUCAAAAGUUAUCCUCACUAUCAGACUGAUUAUGCAGGGGAAGGAAGUUGGGAGCAUUAUUGGAAAAAAAGGAGAGAUUGUUAAAAGAUUUAGAGAAGAGUCCGGUGCUAAAAUUAAUAUUUCUGAUGGAUCAUGCCCGGAGCGUAUUGUUACUGUCACAGGAAACACAACUGCUAUAUUCAAGGCAUUCACACUCAUAUGCAAAAAAUUUGAAGAGUGGUGCACUCAGUUCAAUGAGGGCGGAGGCGGCGGAUCGCGUGCUCCCAUCACGCUGCGGCUUAUUGUGCCCGCCUCGCAGUGUGGCUCGCUUAUUGGAAAGGGGGGCUCAAAAAUCAAGGAAAUCCGUGAUGUCACUGGUGCCAACAUUCAGGUGGCGAGCGAAAUGUUGCCGAAUUCAACUGAACGAGCGGUGACAAUCAGUGGAACCUGUGAUGCUAUAACCCAAUGCAUUUAUCAUAUUUGUUGUGUUAUGUUAGAGAGCCCUCCGAAGGGAGCAACAAUCCCGUACAGACCAAAGCCAAAUGUAGCGGGACCUGUGAUUCUAGCCGGCGGACAAGCCUACACUAUCCAAGGAAACUAUGCCGUCCCAGCCCAAGACGUGUGCGCGCCCGUGUUCCCCAUGAUGGAGGUGAAGCCGCCGCUCGUGGGCGCGCUGCCCCCGCACCACCUGUUGCCGCCGCCGCUGCACGAACACCACCUUAUGGGAGGGCUCGCUAAGUCGCCGUUGGCCAGUCUCGCUGCCCUGGGCCUCGGUGGGCUCGGACCUGGAAAUGCUGCAGGAUUAAAUCCUGCUGUGUCCGCUCUCCCAGCACUGGCGGCUCUGGCCGGCUCGCAGCUGCGCACCACAAACCAGUCCCGCAACCAGCCCGCCACCAACCAGCAGUCGCACGAGAUGACCGUGCCCAAUGAGCUCAUCGGGUGCAUCAUCGGAAAGGGCGGCACCAAGAUAGCUGAAAUCCGUCAAAUAUCCGGCGCAAUGAUCAGGAUAUCCAACUGCGAGGAGCGCGAGGGCGGUAGCACCGACCGGACCAUCACUAUAACUGGCAACCCCGACUCGGUGGCGCUGGCGCAGUACCUCAUCAACAUGAGGAUCACGAUGGAGACGGCCGGCCUCCCGCUGCCCGGCUACCACUACAUCGCUCCGAAUCACAUAGUGAAAGCGCCGAUACAUUGAAUGGGGCUUCGCGGUCAGAGUUCUGGUAUUGCAUACAACGUGUACAACGCGGAACGCUCGUAUUAUAUGCCGCCGCAGUACGGAACUCUGGCUCCAAUAUACUUCUUCAAAUGAAUCUAGAUAUCGAACAAUCUCCAAGGUACAAAAUGGGGCCGCACACUGGAUUCAUGCCGAGCGUAAAAGUAUGUUUACAUUUGUUACGAGUUAUAUGUAUUUUAGAUAUUCUUAUAUUUAUCCUCCACUGUAUUGAAAUUAAUCGAUAAAUGUCGUGUCAGUUGGAGAGACGAAAUGAAAAAUUUUGGUAACAAAAUAACAUAUUUUAAAAUCGACUGACAUUAUUAAAAAAUUAUUGACUCCGCGAUCGGUGAACUAACUUUUGUAAACGAAUCAUUUCGUCGGUCUGAUCGAACCGCUUCAUAGUUCGUUCACUGAUCGCGAAUUUUAAUAUGAACGAAAUGUUAGCUAAGGAGAUCGAAUUUACUACGGAUUUAAGCGGUUCAGUAUCGAUUAUUAUCUGUCACGUAAAAUUUACAAUCACGAACCGUACAGACCAUAACGAUUGUUCGGGGUCUAAAGUGCAGCAACUCUGAAACACGUGACUUUGGGUAAACAAAUUAAUGUUUCUUCCAGACCUGUUGCCCUUUAGCCCUGACGUAUGGUCCUUGACUAUGUUCAGACCGCACGAGUGAGUGUCGAAUGUCGCACAUUAGCUGUAGAUGCGUUACAAACGACCUCGCCUCUGCUGACGUAGCGUAGAGUAGACUAGAUGACAGAGCGAGAGGGUUUUAAAGACAAUAUUUGUACAUAAAAUAAUCGUAACAGCCUGCAAAAUUAGGUAUUACAGUAAUGUUUGUCGCUCGAAUGCGGCUCGACGAUACGAAACCGGUGGGAUCAAAUCCUUUAAGAAACUUACAUUAAAAACGGAAGACAGAGGCGAAACGUAACAUUACAGAUAUAUUACGUACUGAAAUUUAAAUCGUAAUCACAAAAAAAAAAGACGUUAGUUAUAUAAAAUAGUGUUGCUAAAUGUGAUAGUCUUCUAAUUUAGUUUACAUUCGAACUAUUAAUAAUUAGAGAUCUCUUACAUAUUAUUAUUAUUAUUAUUACGUACACUUUGUGUAUGUACAUCGGCGAAAUUAAGUCGAAUAAAAAUUGGUCUAGGGAUCAAAGCCAAAGAUUGUUAAAGUUUGUUUGACAUUAUUGAUGUUGUGAAUUUAUGCUAAAUUAUUGUGAGAGUAAUCAGUGUUAGGAAAUAUACUAUUUAUUUGGAACACCCUCUCCAGACUGCUCACUAUAUUUAGAUGUAGUUUGAAAGUAAAUAGGUAAACCUGUGGUAUUUACGUAUUCGGUAUAUAAAAAAAAAAAGAUUUAGCUUAAUAGAGAUUUAGAAUAUCUAAGACCAUUCUUCCCAAGCUUUCUCUUUCGAAUUGUACCUACAUGCUACCGGUACCGCAACACUUAGGAAAUUACGUGUGCCAAAUAUUGACUUAAUGUUUGUAAAAGAAAAUUUACUUCAAAGUAUUUUCAUUAAUUUUGUAAACAUUUCUAUUUAACUAAAUUUAAAUAUAUUUGAAAUUUUAAAAAUAUAUAUAUAAAUAUAUCCACAAAAAAUAAUAAACCUAAUUUUGCACCCUAGUAUUUAAGAUAAUGCAAUUAGACUAAAUUAUAGUAAUAUCGAAUAAUUAGUAUCGAUACAUAUCCCAAUAAUAUAUCACUCCCCGUGUCUUCCCCUUCAGUAUUUGAAUAAAGUAAAAUUUAGGAUUGUGCCAAAGUUGUGUCUAAUGUUUGAUAUUUUUGGACGAAUGAAAUUAGUACCUAUAUUUUGUUUUAUUUGUUUAAAUUGUAGUACUAGUCAAACUUUUAUCUUUUCACAUUCAAUUAAAAAAAUUAUUAAUUCUAGUCAAAAUUAUUACUCAUUUUAUGUGCUAUUGGAUAUUUUAAGUUAUUGAUUUAUUUAUUUUUUAAAUUCGUUCUUGUUAAAUUAUUUUAAUCAAUUUCGUGUGGUGACGUUUCACUAAAUUAGCAAUAAUUAUUUUGAUAAAAUCAAUUAAAAUACGGUAAUUAAUUGCAAUUAAGACAGUGUAUAGAGCUUUGUAUUGUAAGUACCACACAGGUGAAUAGAGUAAUCGUGUAGGAGAAAUAGGCGAAUUUAAUGUAAGGAAAAGUAAACACGUUUAAUGAAGAGAGAUUUCUUAGUUGUAAGUUUUUGAGGCACUUUUGUGCAUAAAGCUACGUCAAAUUGUCGCACUAAGGAAGUCGUUCGUCGAUAGCGCGGGUAGUCUGUUAGGCCCCUAGCACACGGCGCAUUUAAAACGCGCAGACGACACGUGUUUCAGGAACGCACGUCGUCUGCGCCAUAGAUGCCGAUUUUUGCGUUUGCAUAGACUCAAACACGCGUAAAACGCUAUACGUAUCGCGUUUGAAGCGCGUACGAAGGAGUGUAGAGGAGGGGCACGCGCUGACGUCAUCGCCAUUGUACAACUGAACUAAUCUGAUCAAAACGUAGAAUCUACGAGCAACUACAACGCGUCUAUAUCGCUGUAUCUGCGCGUAUACACGCAGUAGACGCGCGCUUCACGAUCACUGCGCAUUUGAAGCGCAAAUACGCGCGUCGACUGCGCGUUUAAAAUACGCCGCGUGCUAUGGACCUUAGUGCACCUUUGUACUGGAUACCGUCGACAGCAAGUAGCAACUGUUGCGAUGCGGCUUAGGGCCGAAGCACAUCUGACGGAAUCUAUGUCGGUCCUCGGUCGCAUUUGUUCUGUAUUUCUUGGCUUUCAAUCAGCAACGUAUGUUACUCUUAAUGUAAAUGUUUUAGUACGGCGUACUGUUUUAACGGUUAAAAUUAAAAUAAUGAGUUUUUGUAUUUAUGAAAAGCUUUGAAAAAAAGCGGUGACAUCUAUUCUAUGCACAAGUUCGAUGAUUAAAACGAAUUCCACGUAAACAGACAAAUUAGCGGCACAUGUGUUUCGACCCUUAUUGACUCAUUUUUUUUAUCGUAUUGCGACCAGGAAAUUGUGACGUAAAUACUUUCAGAUUCUAAUAUCAAUGACUUUGUCAUAAAAAUUAAUCAAUACAAUGACAAUAUUGUAAGAAAUAAUUUGUCUUCUGAUUUACACUUUAUUGUUUUAAGGAUAAAGACAGUCUGUAUUUUUAAUUAUACUC